AUUCCAACGUUGCGUCCGAUUUGGGUUGGUGAAACAGCUACUAGGAAAAAGUACAGGGCUUUAAAACGAUUUAACUUGAACUGUUUGGUAUGUUUGUAGUUUAAUUCAUAUAUCUCUAUACAAAAAUCUAGUUGUACUCGGUGUAAUUUAACGCAUGGACACUUCCGGGUCAGCCUGCAGUUAAACCAAAUAAACAACAAUUUCUGAGAGCACUGCAUGCGAAAGCUUACUCAAAUCGAUAUAAAGUGGGUGUCUAUCAUCAGAUAUUUGCGGGGAUCCUCUGCUCGGACAACGAACCUACCAGUAAUGCACUACACCACGGCAUGGCUGAAAGACAGGACAAUGAGGUAGAGGAAGCAGACCAGGUUUUCCUGCUUAUGAAGGAGGAGUACCGUAUCUCUCGCAAUGUCCGUCUCGCCUGGUUCCUGAGCAAACUCAAUCAGGUCAUUCAGCCCUCCCCUAAGGCUGAAUUGGAGAAGUCUGAGAAUGAGUUGGAUAUUCUGAGCAUCCUGCCCAAAGGAUGGCAGCCGGAGUUCUCUCCGUCUACCCUGCCCUACCAGCUGGUGCCCGCCACCCGCGUCAACUUCCUGGCGCGGCGCUACCGCUUCAUCAUAGAGCUGGACCUCAGCCCCUCCACAGGCAUUGUGGAUGACUGUACAGGUGAGAUGAUUUUCGACGAGGUGUUCCAUGCCCUGUCCAGGUGUCUGCGUGGAUUGGCCCGACCCUUCAAAGUGCCUGGCACCGACCUGCUCUUUAAGCCCAAGGUGUUCAUCACCAUCCUGGCCUACUCCUCAAUCAUCGGGCUCAGCACACACCAGGUGUUGGUGCAGGGCUGUCAGUUGGACGGGACAGACCUGGAUACAUUCCUGCAGCAUAUCUACCAACAGCUGCGUUCGGUGGAGAACAACAUCGCAGAGGUGCUUCAGCAGCAGCAUGACCAGGCCAGCGGACAGCAGCAGUGUGAUGGAGACACCAUCUGCCAUGGUCUGCCUAGUGAUGGCAUAGAAGAAGAGCCUCAGAGAAAGCUGGGUGUUUCCAUGGUGACGGCGGAUGUUGGACUGGUCAGUAUGGUGCGGCAGGGCAUCCUGGCUCUCCAGCUGCUGCCCCCAAACUCCAGCGCAGGUAUAAUUAUCAUCACCGACGGAGUGACCAGUGUGCCAGACGUAGCUGUGUGUGAAACUCUACUCAACCAGCUGAGAAGUGGCACCAUUGCCUGCUCUUUUGUCCAGGUGGGCGGUGCGUACUCGUAUGACUGCAGUUUCGGCUACAUCCCCAACGUGGAGCUGAUGAAGUUCAUCUCCCUGGCGACCUUCGGCUCGUACCUGUCCACCUGCCCCGAGCUGGACCUGAGCUUCCAGGAGAUGAAUGCCUACCACAAGGCCUUCCUCAUGUACUCCUUCCUCAAGACCAGCGAGUCCAUGAACCCCGAGUACUACUGCUUCUCUCAGCACAAGCUCUUUAAUGAACACCUGGUGUCGACCAGUGGGAAUCCAGCACUCAUGAUGCGCAGGAAGAAACACACAGAGAAGGAAGUGCACGCCGACCUGGUUAGCGUGGUGUCUGUCCGACUCCGAGAGGGCUACACUAUACGCGAGAUAAACCUCACUAAAGGGGGCACCCAGCUGGAGGUGAAGCUGUUCCUGUUGUGGAAGCACAACAUGCGGAUCGAGUACCUGGCGGUGGCCUCCUGGCCUCUGGAGCCCGGCAAGCGCACCACCUGGGUGGAGGUGACCAUGGAGGGCAGCUACGACAUCCUGCACGACAUCAGCUGCACCAUGAGGAAGCCCAUCACCAGCCCCUACCGCACCUCCGUCAUCAGGCGCUUCUGGAACACUCUACAGAGCAUAAACCAGACGGAUCAGAUGCUGGUCCACCUGCAGUCCUUCAACUCCAUUCCUGAGCACUACACCAUCCCUGAGAGUACUAAGAAUGGAGUUCCCCUCUUCUACAUCCCUCCUGGAUCCACCACCCCGGUUCUGUCGCUGCAGCACAGCGGCUCCAAAGACUCCAGCCAAUCACAGUUCGCCUCCUACUGGAAGCCCAUCCUCUCCAUGGACGCCAACUUCUGGCAGAGAUGGCUGCACAUGCACCGCAUCGCCAUCAUCCUGGAGCACGACACGCCUGUACCUAGACACGUGCACAAUGCUGGCAGCAACGGCCGCUUCAGCACCAUCCAGUGUCGCAUCUCCCACUCGGCCCUCACCUCCCUGCUGCGAGACUGGAGCAGCUUUGUGCUUGUGGAGGGCUAUUCCUAUGUGAAGCUCAUCUACAGUGCCUCUGACCAGCCACCCACUUCCUUCUACCUGGUGCGGCUGAUCUCCAAAGCCCCGUGUAUGGUGCUUCGCCUGGGCUUCCCCAUCGGAACCCUGGCCCACACCAGGAACAAGAUUGUGGACAUGCUGCGGGAGCAGAUCCUGAGGCUGCGUUUCCCCCACCGCGUCCAGAACAAGGAGGCCACGCCCAAGACCAAGAGAAAACUCCUGGGCAACCACACCUCGCCCUCCAAAUCGCCCCCGCUCCCGGCCCCCAAGCCUGCGCUGUCCGACCGGCCCUGCGUGGUGCUGCUCCACAAGCCCCUGGAGAAGCUGCUGAUCAGGUACGAGAAGCUCCCGCUGGACUUCCGAACGCCUUUCAUCCUCAACAUGGAGCCCUUUGCCCAGCCGCCCAACCUGGCCGCUCCCCUGAGCUCAGCGGCGGGCCGCACCGCCUCGUCCACGCUGGCCUCACUCUCACGCUACUUCCUGCACCAGCGCUGGGUGUGGACGGUGCAGAGCGGCCUGGGCCCCGCCGUCUCCCUGCAGGCCGUCGCUCACAUCCUCUCCAUGCUGGCCGAGAUCCGCAUAUGUGAGGGCUUUCACUACGCUGCCAGUGGCGAAGGUAUCGUCAACAUGGUGACAGAACUUCAGAUGAAGGGGCUGCCUGCUGCUGUGGAGGAAGAGAGUCACACCUGUAUAGUCCAGUACAUCCUCUUCCCCCCCCACUCCACAUCAACCAAGGAUAGCUUCUCCACUGAUGAUGACAACGACACUGAGGUGGAGGCCAUCGACAUGGACACGGAGCUGAACCUGGUGACGGAGUGCUGGGUGGAGCCUCAGAGCGGCACCGUGUGGAACGCUCUGGAGCAACAGCGCCACCUACUGGGCCUCACCUACCAGGAGAUCCCUCAGGCAAUAUUCCCCCGAGACGUGGCGUGCAUGUCCACCAUGAUGACCUUCGAGUACCUGAGCCAGUUGUGCCAGAAUAAGGAGCAGGUGUACCCCUUCUGUGCCGCCAAGGACCCUGCUGCGAGGGAGGUUCCUGCCAGUACUGAAAGCAUCCAGACGGUGCCCUUCCAGUUUGACCUAAUGAAGCUUCUACCCAAGUGCCAACAGAUCGAGAUCUUCUUCCUCACCCUCAGCAGAGUGGAGAAUGAGGAGGUGCCCUUGAGCGGCCCCUCUCUGCCCAACGAGCUCCUGCUCAGCCUCUUCCACAGCUCCCUGCAGCAGGACCUCAGUGACCGGGAGAUCCCAUUGGCCGACGCUGACCAUGUGACCUUCAUGCAUCACAUCCUGAAUAGAGAGAGGGACGGUCAUGUGGCCCCUUUCACCCUGCCUGUUAUCAAAGAGGAGUGUCUAAGGCCUCCGGAGAGGCAGGACCCAGUCAUGUCCGCUCACACCAUAGGCAACAGUAAAGACGUCACUGGAUCCAACAGUACCCUACAGAGUUUCAGCAACACCGAGCUGGUGGACGAGGAGUCGGCGCCGGAGGGGACGGCGGAGUGCUCGACACCCCAGUGGAAAUGCUACGCCAAAUAUGUCAACCCGCAGCAAAUCUUUCUCACCUUUCUACCCGCCACCUUCACCGAUGUGCAGACCCUCAUGUCGUCAGGGCUGGAGACUGAGUUUACAGCUAAUGGCAGUUUCCAGGACGAUGAGCACACCCUCAGCCAGUCUCAGAUGGACUCCAACUCCGGCUCCGUCAACGGACUGGUAGACUCAGGGGGCCCUCAGGGGCCCUCCUCCCCGCUUCGUUGCCCUGCCAACCCAGCCACUGCAGAGGUGGAGGUGUUGGCCAGCCUGAACUCUGAGCAGGCCAACGGGACCACCGGCCCAGAGGAGAGAGACGGCGUUCAGUUCGCCGAGCCGCAGCGGCGCGACCUCCGCAUCACCUUCAGUCGCCAGGUGUCCCAGCAGAGCUCGGGGGACGCCGCCCGUCCCCGCUGCCCCGUCUACGUCUACAACUGCUCUCUGGACUCCCUGAAGGAGCAGCUGGUCAACCCCAAUGCCGGCCGCCAGCCUCGAGACGUCUUCUUCAGACCCCAAGAUGCAGACUCCUGGGAACUGUAUACGCAGAUGAAGUUCAGGUCUCUGUCUCAGGAGCGUGGGAGCACCCCUACCUGGACGGAGCUGAUGCACCCCCAUAAGCAUAAAGAGCUGGCCAACUACUGCAGCCUCCUGCAGGAGCAUUACCACCAGAGCUACGUCAAAGGAGUGUACUGCAGCCUGCAGCAGUCCUACAGUAUCAGCUCCCAGGAUGUGCUGACGGCCAUGGACUACUGCGAGGAGUCGCUGCAGGAGAUCGACAUCACCUCCUUCCUGCAGACCCUCUGCGGCCAUGUGCGCGUCUUCAGGGAGCGCCACCGCUCCUCCGGAGGGCCAGGAGCCAGGGAGCCCCCCAGCGGCCCUGCCACCUUCAUCAUCGGGGAGGGAGAGGAAGAGAGUGUGGGGGAGAGGCCCACCGUGGUCUCCUCCUCUUUCAGUGUUGACCUCGAGGAGGGCAGCGAGGCUGAGAGCAGAGGGAUAUCGUCAGACCCCACCUCCCCUCUUGCCGUAGAGGAGCCCAAGACCUCCAGAAUCCCAGAGUUCCCUCUGUCGCUCCUCAGCUCCCAGCAGAAGUGUGAGGUGUACCCAGAUCUCCACAAAAUUAUACAGGAUAAGUUCAUGGAGAUCGGUGCUCGUCACUUCAAGACGGUGCCCUCCAACCCACACUACUUCUUCUACUGCCCGCCAUCGUCCAAGAAGGAGGAGGAUGUUGAUUGUGAGGAGGAGAGAAGGCCCAGUGACGAGAUGGAGGUGUCUGAGGCUGAGCUGGCUACUGAGGACGAGACCAUGUCCGGCUGUCGCAUCGUGACCGAGAGUGACACGGACCUGGAGGUGGAGUACCGGGAGCAGGCCGGGCGGAGGUUGGACGUCCUGGGUGGCAGCAGCGGGGAGGACGAGGGGGCGAGAGGGGGGGGCGAGGACGAGUCCCUGUCGGACUCCAACACGGUGAACCAGGACGAGGACUCCUUCAGCAUCCUGGAGGGGGACUCGCUGCUGGAGCCCGAGGGCCCGCAGCCCGAGAUGCCCCCGCUGUUCGUUCACCUCACCUGCUCCGUCAACAUCAAGAACAGCCACGGCUCCAUGCCCAUCCAGACCCUGCCCACCUGCCUGGGAGAGGUUAUUUCUUGCCUGGAGAACAAAGAGACCCUUCAGUCGCUCGACCUGGGCGAUCUUUCGGUCACGCUGGACAUCUUUGUCCUGACGCUGCCCCUGGAGAUAGAGGUCAUCCCCUCCGACUUCCAUCAUAACAGGUACACGUCGGAGUCCAGUGUGUCCCUGAACCGUUCUCCUGCCCAGCCCUCAUCCUACCGCUCAGACGAGGAGCUGAUGAGUGCUCUGGACCUGCGGGGUGUCGGGAUGGAUGGGGUCUCAGGUGAUCCCCUGUCCAAACUGCCUGUUCCUCAUAAACUGGCAGUGUUGGCCACAAUGGACGAGAUCCGCUGGCUGCUGGAGGAUGAGAUUGUCUCGGCUGUGCGCCACGCUCGCGUGAUCAACAUGUCCACCCUGCAGAAGGUGGCCAAUCACGUGUGCCGCUCCAGCGGGCGGCCGCGAUGCCACUACGAGGUGGUGCCCCUGCAGUUUGUGUUUGGGCCCGAGCAGUCACUGGAGAAGUUCAAAGAGGAGUUCAGGCGUCUGUCCUUCACCGGGUACGUGCUGAACGGGGAACAGGAGAACUUCCACUACGUGUCCUUGAGCAGGCUCCACCCCCAGCGACUGCAGGCAGUCAAGCGGCUCUCCGAGAGCACCGCCUACUCCAAGGAGCAGACCAAUCACUGCCCUGAGCCAGAGGAACCCGACAGAACCCCAGCCAAUAACUGCUCCCCGCGGAAAGGUCCUAAACCUGAAGCUGAAGUUGAGAGCAUGGAGGUGGAAGCUGAGCCUCCUCAGACUGAAGAGAAGAGAGAGGAAGAGGAGAGCCGGGCAGGAGCAGCAGCAGGAGGGGGGGAGGUGGCAGGUGAUCCAUUCCCCGCACCCGAAACCAGUGGCGAAGCAGGCUGGGGCAAGCCCCUGGGCCGACCCGACUCGGAGGAGGCACGCUCCCAGAGCUCGGCCACCAGCAGCACGGCCCAGCUCCAGGCCAGCGGCAGCGUGGACCGCUCCUCGGAGCACACCUCACCCCCCAAAACACCCUCCGCCGUCAGCUUGGCCGAGUCUGUGCAGUCUACCACACACAGCAGUGGGAAGCUGAGGCCCAGUCGUGUGCAGAGUGUUGUAUCCAGCCAGGGGAGCCUGGACUCGGACAUGCUAGGCUAUGACGGGGGGAGCAGUGACUCGGAGUGCGAGAGUCCAACCCUGGAUGAGCAGGAGACCCACAGUCCCCUCAUGCCCGACUUCUGGCUCCUCCUCAAGAUCCACCAGGACAGGGUGGAGGUGUUCUCCCAUUCCAGGAGUUUGAUUGGGGGAAAGGAGGCAGGCUGCUCGGGGGAUGAGGAAGAGGAGGAGAUCCCUGAGUACCUGCGGCUGCAUCAGCUGCUCGUGAGGAAGAUCGGCGAGAUCUGCCGCAUCGUUAACCAGCGCCUCCUGCUGCAGGACCUGCAUGACAGGCACGUCUGCAACUCCCUCCUGGUGGCCGAGAGUGAGGAGGACAUCUGGAAGAACGAGUCCUUGUACAGGCAGAGGAUGGCAAACUCCGAUGACUACAAUGCAGAUGAAAGCUACCAGCCUCGGGACUACCUGGCAGCCACCAUGCAGUUCAUACCAGGCCACUUUGCCUGUGAUGUGGUGUGGAGCACCGUCAUUCACAUCCAUCCCCGCCUGAAGAUGGGCCCCAACAUGGGAGUGUCCAGAGCCAUCCAGGCCCUGCGCUCGGUUCUCAGUGCUUUCUGCGUGGUCAACAGGAAGAACAUGUUUGUCUACCAGGAGCGCACCACCAAAUCAGUCUUCUACCUCAGACUCUCCGAGACGUCCCAGACAGGGAAGUACUCCGACCUGGAUGGCAACCUGCACAUGGCACGCUCUAUGGGCCUGGCCCGCAGCCAGGAGCCCCUCUACUCAGAAGACCUCACGGGGUCCCGCUCCUCCCUUGAAGGCUCCAGACCGGUUGGCCAAGUGGACAAACACAUCCUCCUGCUGGUGCAUGGCGUCGGCAGUGCAGGUCCUGAGAUCACAGACGAGCUGGUGAAGGUCCUGCGUAAGCGUCUGGACGAGGCCACGCUGGACAUCAUCACCGUGAUGCUCGUCCGCAACUGCAAACUCACCCCGGCCGACGUGGAGUUCAUCCAACCCCCUGGUUCUGCGGCCACAGAGGUGAUGGAGUUCUCUCUGCCCCAGUACUCGCUGCCCUGGCUGCCGGCCGUGGCCCACUACCUCAGGCAGAACCUGCUCAUCUUCCUGCACAUCCCCAAGUACACCGACAGCAACAUGGAGCACCACUUCAAGCACUAUUUCCACCUGAGUAGUGAGCUGCCAGACUCCGAUCUCUACCUCUACAAUAAGCCUGGAGGCCAAGGAACCGGAGGAAAAGGUAUCGCCUGCAUUGCCCUGUCCUUUGUCGACGCUGAAGGGCGCCCCCUACAGGUGCCUGCGCAGGAUGGCACGUCUCCACUCAAAGGAAAUGACGCCUCAGCCAUCUCGCUUGAGCCCGACCAGUUUGACUCACUGACCACUGUGGUCAAGGUGGAGCCCUCCCACAGCCAAGUCCCAGGGCCCUAUGUUCGUGUGCGGUUCGAUGUGUGGGAGCAGGGUAAUGUCAGCCCCCUCCAGCUGACCGACAAGCUGCGCAGUGCUCUGCGCCACGCCCUCUGUGAUGUCAUCAUGGAGCUGCGGGUGCUGCCCAACCCCCUGUGCCAGGAGACGUUCUGCGUGCCCGCGGGCUCUCCCAGGGACGAGGCCCACAGUGUGCUGAGUCUACCCCAGGCUGCUACUAAGGAGGUACGUGAGAGCCCCCGGCGUCUCAGUGGAACUCAGAGCCUGCGGAGCAGCCCCUCGCCCCUAAUCCUCAACAGCCUCUCCAACCCCCCGACCCCCAGCACCGGCACCAGCACCCCCGAGUCCACCACCCCGACCGGCAAGACCACCCGACGCAGCUUCUGGGAAAUCCUGAGCAAGCCGGACUCUUCGGAGCUGAGCAGCCCCAAGACGACGGAUGACAUUAUGCCGGAGCGGGGCGAGGAUACCCGGGCCGGGCGGCGCCGACACAAGACCGAGAUGGUCAAGCAGCAGUGGAGCCAGGAGAGGAACAUGGCUGUGGAACUGGAACAGGCCCAGAGGAGGCACGUGGUACAGCUGGAGGAGGGGGAUGUGGGGACCCUGCACCCCAUGUACCGGCUCACCUACCAGCCCUGGGUCGUGUUCAUGGCCAAGCUGAGCUGCCCGUCGAUACAGCAGUGCACGGCUGAGAUCACCUCCCACUUCCUGCUCCCUUCCAUACUCACCGAGAUCGCCGGCCUGGUCAGCUCUCUGGCCAGUGACACCUGCGUGAAGGUGUUUGAGAGAACCAGUUGUCCCCAGGGAGACAUGUUUGUUCCCCUGCCUCACAUCCAGCACACCAGCCAAACACCUGCGUCUUCCAGGAGCUUCAUUCUGACUGGACGGAAUUUCCACCAAUGGCAUUGUAGCACAGAGCAAGGCUCCUUCCAGGACGACAGUUCAGAUGAGGAAAACCCUGCAGUGCUAAAUAGGUUCACACCUCAUAAGGGGCUGCAGCGCUUCGAGGCCCUGGAGCAGAGCGACUGGUACAGCCCAGGCCAGACGGGCAGGGGGGUGGCGCCGCGACAGAGGUUCCUCCACAUCCACGUCCAGGGAAAGAAGGUGACCCUGUAUGCGUAUAACUGGUCGGUGGAUCUGGGCGGGUCCCUGAACCGUGGCCUGGUGCGUCUGGUGCAGUGGCAGAACGCCAGGGCUCAUGUGGUCAACUGCCUGCUCAACCAGAAAAUGGGCCUCUUCCACCACUACUGCUUCACAGACAUACCAGCCCAUGAAGACCUCAAACAGGAGCCCAACCCGUUCCUGAACCCCACCAUGGACGCGGAGGCUCUUCUCCGUAGCCCCGUGCCGCCGGUGCCCAGCAAGGAGCAGGGCCGGCUGGGCAGCUCGUCUCGCGGGCUGCCCCCGCUGCACUUCCCGGCGGACCUGGUGCCUUUCGACGAGGCCCUGCGGGACGUGGGGGCCCUGCGGCCCCUGGCCAGCACACAGGAGGGGGCCGACGUGGUGGCCCGGCACGGCUCCCAGCUGCUGGACGUCAAGGCAUCCGAGCGCAGAGAGAUUGAGAAGCAGUGUAAGAUCGAGAACCUGUUUGUCACGUGGCAGCAGAGGUCGGCCCAGUCCAACAUGCCCAUAUCAGUGGCAGAUCUGGACACCCUGAAGCAGUCGUCUCGGCUGGUGCACUACUGUGCCACUCCACUGCUCUUUGACCCUGUCUUCCGCAAACAGAUCCAGGAAGAACAGAUAGUCCAGCCGCCCGUCAAGCGGCGCCAUCGCUCCAGCGACUCCGCGGCGUCGGGUCGGGACCGGAGCUACAGCACGGACUCGGCCGAGACGCUGCCCAGCCGGCUGCGCGAGGAGCCCUGGCUGCAGGACAUCUCCAGCACCUUCCUGCAGCAGUACGUCCAGUACCUGCAGAGCAUGGGCUUCAUCCUCGUGCAGGUCCGACCCCAGUCCCCCGCGCGCAGUAUUGCUCGUGCUCGUGCAGCCAUGCUUAGCUCUCUGUCCACGGAGGGCAGAGGCUCCUUCUCCUCCUUCUCCUAUAACAAGCAAAAGAGCAAUGAAGACAGCCCCAAGGUGACACAUCAAAGCAGUGUACCGGGCACCACCACCUACCACCUCCAGAGAGCGCUGCCUGGAGGAAUAGUACUGAUGGAGCUGGCCUUCCAGGGGUGUUACUUCUGUGUGAAGCAGUAUGCACUGGAGUGCUCCCGAAUCCCAAUGGGGCAAACGGUUAAUUCCCAGGGUUCCCUCCUCACCAAAGUGCGUAGCCGGCCCUUCCCAGACUCCAGCUCUGGCUCUGACUCUGCGGUAUGUUACAGCACUCCCUGGUGUGCGGGGUCGCCUCCCACCAAUCAGGCUUCACUCCUUGCCCACCCCCCCACACCCCCCAUCUCCUCAUCCUCAUCUUAUUCUUCCUCUACUCCCGCCCCCCUCCAACCGACCUCCCCAAAACCCCUCUCCAUGCUCUUCACUGAGGAGUGUGAUAAGGUGCGGGACCUGAUGCACGUGCACUCCUUCAGCUAUGACUUCCAUCUGCGCGUGGUGCACCAGUACCUGCUGGGCUCACACAUGACCCUGCGCCAGGGCUACCAGCUCACCGGCUUCCUGGAGGACUUCAUCCGACACCACCCCGACAUCCCCAAGUUCGGACGCAACCACGUUUUCCAGGGGAGCUUCUCCAUCUCAACGGGCAUGAUCACAGCCCACCAGCUGUAUAACUACAUCACAGACCACGCUGGCACCUACGGCAUGAAGCCUCUGCGCAUGUCCAAAGCCUCAGCGGCCGCAGAGAGCAAGAAGGGGCCCAGCGCAGACCUGCACGAGUACGCCCUGGUGGCCCUCUGGAACAGCUCAGGGACAUUUAAAGACCUGGACGGCCUGCGUCACCAUGACGACUUUGACGUGUCCCUGCUGGUGUGUCACAAUGCUGGUCCGUUUGAGGAGCAGUCAGAAGGAGAGAGACACCUGCUGAGUUUGCGCUACUACGUGAUUAUGACCAGCCAGCGCGAGCUCUUCCCACGGCUGACAGCCGACAUGCGCCGCUUCAAGAAGCUGACGCAGAUCCACGUACCACCCGGCUCCGGUAACGGCACCACCACCGGCGCCGCCACCACCGACCCCAGCCCCAGCCUGCCCCCGGACUGCCCCCAACCCGCCCGCGGCGCCCGUGACUCAGAGUCCGACCUCUGGGACGAGGUCUCUUCCUCUUCCUCCACCACCCCCACUCUGGCGCCCGCCGCCACGCCCACCGGCCCUGUAGCCUCCGACGACGACCCCGCCGCCGUCGUCCAGGACGGAGCCGCCACCGAGGCGGGCCAGACGUACCCGUCGUCUCUGUUCCCCCUGCUGAGCUCGGAGGUGAACGCGGCGCACCGUAAGAUCCAGAGCAGCGUGGAGCAGGCCAUGGGCCACUGCCGCCGGGACAACCUGUGGAGGAGGCUCUUCCACGGGGAGCACCUGGCCUCGGACAAGCUCAAGCUGAGCAAGCUGGCCUUCGCCGAGCUGGAGGAGCUACUGCAGGCCGUGCAGAGCCGCUCCGUGGGAGAGGUGGACCCGCAGCUUGACUGCUUCCUGACCAUGAGCCCCAGCUGGUACCAGAGCCUCAUCAAGGUGCUGCUCUCCCGCUUUCCCCAGAGCUGCAGGCACUUUGUGGACGACAGCGGCAUCCAGUACCUGGCUGUUCUGAAUCAAAAGUUCACGGACUGCUUUGUGCUGGUCUUUCUGGACGCCCAGGCGGGCAAAACGAGUCUCAAGGUGGUGUUCCGGGAGCCCCUCCCUGCCAACCAGCCCCCCAGCACCAGCCCCCCGCCACAGCUGGUGUCCAUGUACCACCACCUGGAGUCAGUGGUGAACACCGCCUGCUACAACCUCUGGACCGGCCUCCUGUGAAGAGGAGGAGACAGGCCUGAGACGAGCAUGGAGGGGGUGGGCGGGGGGG